AUGAAGUCGAUUAUUCUACAGAUUCUCAUUUAUUACAACUUCUGUGCGGCGACUACACUAGAUUAUUCAGGCUAUCAACAUGCAGUAGACCACGCGGAUCACAAGAAACCCAUCAUUCCAAUUCUUAAGUACAUAACGGAACAAAGCCACGAGGGUUGGAAAUACAGCUACGAAUCUGGUAAUGGAAUUCACGCAGAAGAAGUCGGCUACAUCAAAAACAAAGGCGACGAGAAACACGAGUCGCUCGUGCAACAAGGCACCGUGACUUACCACGAUGAGCACGGCCAUCCCAUAACCCUUCACUACGUGGCGGACGAGCACGGGUUCCGGCCGCAGGGGGCGCAUUUGCCCACCCCGCCCCCCGUCCCUGAAGACAUACAGAAAGCCCUGCUGGAGCAGAAAGGGAGCGAUUCGGGGCAAAUCGAGGUGAACGAGGCGCAGGACGAGUCCGAUGGGAAGGACGAGUACGAGCAAACUCAAUCGUACGCCGAGACUCGAUUGCAUAGCAAACAGCAGGCUUACGAACCGGGGUCGGGCUAUGGACAUGGAGGUUACGAUGAUGGUUAUAGAAGGAGGAACAAUUAUGGAAACCAAUAUCAAAUUAGACGAUAUAUUGUUAAAAAUUAGUUCAGCACGAAUACUAUUAUUUUCUAUUUUAUUGUUGUAUUAAAUGGGUUCUAAUUUGUGCACGGGUCUCCAAUCACAAUUUACCGUUAAAUAGUAGUAUUUUGUGUAUAUUUA